AUGACGGUGGAGGUUUAUGUAGCCUCCUCCUCCCCCUGGAUCUCCCCUCUCCCCCGCAGAUGCUACACGCGGGAACCAGGAGAAACCACUGCGAUUCGACAGCCGCACAAAACCUUCUCCGAUCAGGCUGAUGAACUCAAGAAAGAAUGGGAGACACUCUGGAGUUUAGUGACAUUUAUCAUGAAGUCAAAGGCUCCUGGAAUGAUGGGCGCCCAGUGGAGACGAGUGUGUUUGGGCCACGGAAUCAAACUGAGCAUCAGCUCUGGACAGGUUUACAAAUAUGACGGUUUCAAGGACACGGACUUUGAAAAGAUUUCAGAAUUUUUCAAGGCAAAUUAUAAAGUGGAGCUUGUAGAGAAGGACAUGUCUGUGAAGGGAUGGAACUGGGGAACAGCAAAGUUUUCAGGGCCGCUGUUGUCUUUUGACAUUAACGAUAACCCAGCGUUCGAGAUCCCACUGUCCAAUGUUUCCCAAUGUGCCACUGGGAAAAAUGAAGUCACUCUUGAGUUCCACCAAACCGAUGAGGCAGAAGUGUCUUUGAUGGAGGUGCGAUUCUACGUUCCACCGAGUCAGUCUGAUGAGCGACAGGACCCAGUGGAGGCUUUUGCACAGAAUGUUUUGUCUAAGGCUGAUGUGAUUCAAGCCACUGGAGAUGCUGUGUGUAUCUUCAAAGAGCUUCAGUGCCUUACACCCAGAGGAAGAUAUGAUAUUCGCAUUUAUCCUACAUUUCUUCACCUGCACGGAAAGACCUUUGAUUACAAGAUUCCUUACACAACUGUCCUCAGGCUUUUUCUGCUGCCUCACAAAGACCAGAGGCAGAUGUUCUUUGUGAUCAGCCUGGAUCCUCCAAUUAAACAGGGUCAGACUCGGUACCAUUUUCUUAUUCUACUGUUUUCAAAAGAAGAAGACCUCAGCCUCACACUCAACAUGAGCGAGGAGGAUGUUGAGCGUAAAUUUGAAGGCAAACUUAGUAAGAACAUGUCUGGUUCACUCUAUGAAAUGGUCAGCAGAGUGAUGAAGGCUCUGGUCAACAGGAAAAUCACUGUUCCAGGAAAUUUCCAGGGACAUUCUGGUGCUCAGUGCAUCACCUGCUCCUACAAAGCGUCCUCUGGCCUUCUGUAUCCUUUGGAGCGCGGGUUCAUCUAUGUGCACAAGCCUCCUGUACACCUGCGUUUUGAAGAGAUUUCAUGUGUCAACUUUGCCAGAGGAACCACCACAACACGAUCCUUUGAUUUUGAGAUUGAGACCAAACAAGGGAACCAGUACACGUUCAGCAGCAUUGAGAGAGAGGAGUAUGGCAAGUUGUUUGACUUUGUCAAUGCUAAGAAGCUUAACAUCAAGAACAGAGGAUUCAAAGAGGGCAUGAAGGGCAACAAAGAUGAGUACAGUGACUCUGAUGAAGACCAGCAUGAUGCCUACCUGGAGAGGAUGAAGGCUGAAGGAAAGAUCAGAGAGGAGGGCGAGGGCAGCGACGAUUCUGAUGAAGAAAGUGAUGAGUCAUUCAACCCUGGAGAAGAAGAUGAUGACAUUGCAGAAGAGUACGACAGCAAGGCCUCCGCCAGUGAGAGUAGCGAGGAGGGCAGCGGAAGUGACGAUGACAGUGCAAAGAAGAAAGAAAAAAAGAAGGAAAAGAAGGUGGUGAAGGAGAAGAAAGAGAGGAAACCCCGCAAAGAGAAGAAGAAGAAAGACCCUGGCGGACCAAAGAGGCCAAUGAGCGCCUACAUGCUGUGGCUCAACUCCAGUCGAGAGCGCAUCAAGUCUGAGAACCCAGGCAUCUCCAUAACGGAGAUCUCUAAGAAGGCUGGAGAGAUGUGGAGACAGUUGGGCAAAGAGGACAAAGAGGAAUGGGAGACUAAAGCUGGAGAAGCAAAGAGACAGUAUGACAAAGCAAAGAAAGAGUACAAGGAGAGUGGUGGAGGAGCAGCAGCAAGUUCCAGUCCCAAGAAAGAAAAGAAGAAGGCUGCUAAAAAAGAGGAGCGAAAGAGAAAGCCUGGUGGAGGCGAAAAGGAGCGAGAGCGAUCAGGAAAUGACAGUUUCAAAAGCAAAGAAUUUAUUGAGACCAGUGAGAGUUCGUCAGACUCUGACCACAAAAGCAAAUCCAAAUCCAAAUCCAAGAGAAAGAAGGAAUCUGAAGAGGAAGAGGAGGAAGCUGCGACCACACCCCCAAGCUCUGAGGCAGAGUCGGACUAA